GUUUUGACUGAUGAACAGAUGCAGUGUAUUGGAGCAGAAAUGAAUUUGUCAGAGACUGCAUUUAUAACACUUGAUAAAGGAGACUUUGUUACUGCAAACUCCUUUGGCCUCAGAUGGUUCACACCUGCCACUGAGGUAGACCUGUGUGGGCAUGCUACGUUGGCAUCUGCAGCUGUGCUGUUUAAAGUUUUAGGCAACAUUAAUGAUGUGAUAACUUUUACUUCUCGAAGUGGACCACUAAUGGUGAACAGAUUCGAUGAAACUAAAAUUUCACUAAAUUUUCCUGAGAAUUUGCCAGUUUCAGUGGUAAUUGUUGCUGAUGAGUCUCUAAUUCAAGAUAUUCAGUUGAGCAAUACUGGAAAGCUCCUAGUGCGACUAAAGGACAAUGUUCAAAGGGAAGUCUUAGAAGCAAUGAAGCCUCAGAUUGACAGAAUGAUAGAAUCUGAUAGAACUGGGCUGGUGAAAGGAGUUGGAGUUUUUAGGGGAAGUUCAUGGCAUACAGUUGCUGGUCCUUAUUUUGCAAGGGAGCUAAAUAAAACAAGAUUCUAUGCUCGUCAGUGCUCCAAACGAGGGGGUGACUUGUGGGUGACCCUUGAUGAUCAGAGAGUCAUUUUGACUGGAGAAUCUGCUGUUGUUCUUCAGGGCACUUUUUUACUCUAG